GCCUCCCGGGUUAAAUGCGUAGGCAAGUAUGACUUGCCUCGUCCAACCUUAAAAGAGACUAUCGCGACCGUGGGCGGCCGAACGCCGGGACAUCCCCCGGGGGAUCUGCACAGAGCCAGCGGGGUAGAUCCGGCGAUUCACGCGGCGGCAUAAAGACAUAUGUAUCGGGACCCCCUCCUCGCAUCUUUCGAUCUGCUUAAGCUCCAAAUCAUCAGACAGGGAAGUCAUGAAGCUAUUCGCGAUUCUCAGGUCCACCCUAUCCCUAGCACUGAUCCUCCCCCUCGCACACGCCGCAGCGAUGACCGAACCGCCAUCCCCACCCCAACUCGCCCCCUUCAAAUACACCCCCUUCCCCCUCGGCUCCAUAAAAGCAACAGGCUGGCUGCACGACCAACUGACCCUCUCCGCAACCGCCCUCCCAGGCCAUUUAUUCUCUUUCUACCGGUACGUCGCCGACUCCACCUGGCUCGGCGGGAGCCACGAAUACAGCGAGUUGAACGAAGCCGCGCCGUACUGGUUCAACUAUAUCAUUCCGCUUGCUUGGACGCUUGACGAUGAGCGGCUCAAGGGGCAGGCGAAGACGUUUCUGGAUUAUGUCCUCGAUCAUCAGGACAAGGAUGGGUGGUUGGGGCCGGAGACCGCUAGACAGACGCGGGGGAUUUGGGGGAGAGCUUUGUUGUUUUUUGGGCUUGUUCAAUACGCCGAAGCCGACCCCUCGGAGACCGAUCGCAUCGUGACAGCCAUGCACAGGUUUACAGCACUCGCACACACCAUGCUGCAGAACAACUUCACCGGACUACUCCAAGAUAAAGGCCAAGGCGACAACUUUGAUCCGUUCGCGUUCGGCGUGUCGAGAACUCACGAGCUGCCAAUGGCGUUGCAGUGGCUAUACGAGAACCAUCCCCGGGGUCAGGAAGAAGUCAUCUGGGAGACGAUGGAACUGAUGUUCGAAGGUGGACGGAAAGGAAACCGAGAUUGGACGACGUUUUUCGUUCAAGGUGUGUUUCCGACAGUGGGUACGCCGAACUUUAAGACGAGCGGGUUUACGCAUGGGGUAAAUCUCGCGCAAGGCCUUCGGUAUCCCUCUGUGCUCUACCGCAUGACGUACGAUGCAGCCCUGAAGAACCAGACGGACGAUGCGGUCCGCUGGACAGAGCAAUACCAUGCCACGCGCGCGGGCAGCAUUACCGGCGAUGAGCACCUGGGUGGGAACAGUCCGCAAAGGGGAUCCGAGACAUGCAUGGCCGUCGAGAUGAUGUACUCCAUGGCGUAUCUCUACCGGAUGUACGGGUUGAACCACUACGCCGACAUGGCAGAGCGUCCCGCAUUUAACGCGCUCCCCGCGGCGAUAAGCCCUGACUGGUGGUCACAUCAAUACGUGCAGCAAACCAACCAGCCGUGGUCGAAGAACCUAACAGCGAAUCCCUUCUUCAACGUAGUCUCGUACGGCAGCAGCUUUGGACUGGAACCCAACUUCCCCUGCUGCACUGUUAACCAUGCGCAAGGAUACCCCAAGUACGCUGCGUCUUCGUAUGUACGUGAACGGAGCGACCAUAUCAUCCAUGCCCUGUUAGGACCGACGACCCUGGAAACCCGGAUCCGUGGCAAGAAAGUGAGGAUAUCCUGCGAGACAAACUAUCCAUUCGACGGAGGGCUUCGGUAUACGAUUGCCAGCGAGACCGCGUUUGACUUCUCCGUCCGGAUCCCCGCAUGGGCAGCGCGCCUUGCCGGGUCCAGGUACCGAGUGGGCGGCCGGGAGUGGCGCGCGGUGGUUCCGAACGAGGACUCUCUCCAAACAUUUAAGAUCAAUCGUGGCAGGACGGCAAUGGAGGUAAACCUGCACAUGGAGCCACGGGUGUCUGAACCACGAAACGGCUCCGUGGCCAUCUACUAUGGACCACUACUCUACGCGUUGGACAUCGAGUCCGCCAACCCAACAUCCCACUCGCCGCUGAACUGGACAGACCGCACCCCGCUCCCAGACGACCAGGUUCUUCCCCAGACCCGCGACUGGGUAAUGGAACCAGCUUCAGAAUGGCGAUACGCAAUCGACCCGAAAUCAAUCACUGUGGAGCACAUACAGAAGCCUGGCAGUGACUUGGCGAAUCCAAUCUGGGCCCGCGAGGUGGCACCCGUGGCUUUGUGGGUGGAUGGCUGGGUGAUUGACUGGGAGGAGGAGAAGGGCACUGCUGCGCUUCCGCCAGUGAGUCCAGUCGUCACCGGGGAGCCCACGAGAGUGAGGAUGAUACCGUAUGGGGCCGCGAAAUUGCAUAUUGCGGAGUUUCCGGUGGCAAAAACUGUGGAGGGUGCCGUUUGA